AUGGGAAAUAGCGCGACGUUUUUACCGGUGACUGUGGAUAUUUCCGAGGGAUACCCCGAUCUUGUCUACGGAGAGCACGAUGAUGGGAAUAAGCAUGCAGUCAGGGUGGACAUUACUUUGAACGAUCCUCCCAGUUACUUUCGGGUUCAGCAUACGGUAAAUGUCGAAUAUGGUUCAGACAUUGUCCAUUAUAUCAAUAGGAUCGUUCACAGGGGGAAACGGCAGUCUGGACUGCCAACUCAUCUCUACGACUUUUGCGGCGUAGACGUCUACUACUUUGGUUUUGACGCUAUAUUUGAGACUCCAUUAAUGGUAAGACUGCGUCACAGGAGAAAUAUUGACAAGGACGAGUACUAUGUCAAGAAUGAGUAUGGGAACUACUGGAUCAAGGAGCCCAGUCUCACUCCACGCAACUACAUCCACAGACUUGACCAGGAAUGCUCCUUUAGACACAACUGUCUACUCCUCUACAUUUCCAAUUAUUACCCGUACAACGUCAGCUCAAAGGGCCGCCAAAUACGAGUGAGGGUGGAAUCGGAUUUUCGGGACCGUGGCAACUUUGGCUACGAGAGAUACAUGCAUGCAACUGGUUCUCCCUUCACAGUCUUUAGGUUAAGAGAUAGGGAGAAUUUACAGUACGGUUUAAGCCUACCUUUAGAGCGGGUCAGCGCCGUUCAUGUCUUUAUGCCGGAUUGUGGUUUAAGGGUUGCACUUCUCAUUUGCAUGGAAAGUGAUGAACGUGGACCGCUCUGGUUUGAAAGAAUCGAUAUGAACAAUUCGUGGAAGGAAGCAACAUUAGAUGCACCGGCUGGUAUUGGCGAUAAAACUGGCAUCAAGAAGCUCAUGGAUAGAAUUGCGGGAAGGCUAAAUCUACAAACAUGCAAGGCCACAAUGAAUGAUGUAAUACCGUAUGGAUACAAGAGUGGUCUCAUAAUAGACAUUUCCAAGAAUCUAAAUAACGUCUCUGAGUAUUUUAUAAGCGGUUCUAGCGGUUGGGUGCACAUAAAAUCCAUCGAACCAAAUGACACAUUUCCGUACGGAUUCGUCGGAGUAAAACAUAAAUCACGUGAUUUUGGUCACUUUGGCAUAAAGAGUGUCUUUUAUCGCGAUAAAGAGAUUACAGGAGACCUGGCAAUUAACCCACAGGAUGUCUACAUCAUGGCAAAUGUCUACUACUAUCUCAGGGACACAGACCAGAAUUUCCCGUUGCUCAUUGAAUUGCAGAGAUGGGAUGGCGCCUAUACAUACUAUGCAAAUACUGGGGAUUUGACCUGGAAGACGGUCUCUCGUAAUGUGGGCUCUAGGAUGGGAUACGUGAGCUUUCAGCACGAGUUGUACAGGGCAUACGAUUUAAUGCACCCAGGUGAUGAAAAGGAUAGAAUUCACCGUAUAAUAAGUAUCCUCUCGUUAAUUUUCGGGUUCUCUUUUGGCUUUUACGAAUGCUACAACCUCAUAAUGAAGCCGCAACGGAGCAUCAUUGCCUGGCUGCUUGACUGGGUUACUCACAUUUACCAUUGGAUUUGA